AUGGCCAAGAAGCGGAUUUUGAGAAGGAAACGUCAGGAUUCAGACUCUACGGAAUCAUACAAGUCGGAGGAUUCGGAUAAAUUGGAGGCCGAUGCACAAUUGGGCGCUGACUUUUCAGAUGAUGGCGACAUUUCGGAUAGUGAGGUAAGCAAUAUUGCAAGUCCCACAAGAAUGGAUUGGGUUUUUGAAACAGUCGAUUGAACAUGAUUUCACUGACAAGGGAAGUACCCGGAAUGCGACGCUCAGAUUUUCUUUAAACAUUGCAUACAUGUCGGGAAUAGGCCCCAUAUCAAUUCCUAAAAGGCUUAGCUCCCGUUUUGCAGGCGGAACCAAGAAAUUCACCGAUCUUUACCGCCGGGAGAGUAAACGAAGCGCGGAAGGCGGCCAGAGAGAAAACCGCUUUUUUGGCCGUAUCUUUGCCAGUUCCGUGCGGAAAAAAAUAACUUUGUGUGGAAACAAUGCCCUCAAUUGCAGAAAUGAAACUUUUCAUACCAAGAUUCCGAACAGUGUCACAUUUUUUCCAACUUUCAGUCUAAAAAUGUCGGUCGUCUCGGCAAACGGGCUAACGCUCUCGCACAUGUCUGAGAAAAAAAAAUUCUAAUUUGUGCCAAGUUGCAUCAAGAUCGGAUUGUCGCACUUGGCUUACUUCCCCUGUGAGCUUGGAAAAAUUUUCUGCUGGUAUUUUGAACAGCGGGUCUCUGUACCUACAUUUUUUGUUCCCAACGAGGCAGUAUAAUGAUUUAAUUUACAUUGAGGCUAUGGACAUUCUUUUUAGUUACAAGUGGCUUUUCAAGAAGGCCUUUUAAGCGAUGGACUUAUUAAAAUUGGUGGAAGUGAGAAUGAAAAACGAGCUCCGAUAAAUAAAAAGGUAAUUUUAAUAAUUUUGUGACGUCAUUAAACUUUCAGGACGAUUUGAAACGAAAAGUCUUCCAAAUAAAGAAGUCUCUGCCGUGGACUGGAACUUUGGAUGUGGUAUUUAAUGAAGAGUUGUGCAUCGACGAUGAGCAAAAUGAUUUGGAAAGAGAAGCUGUUAUGUAAGUUGAAAUCGUGUUGCAUAUAUUUCGAAUUAUAGAUACAAACAAGCUUUUGACGCGGUCCACAAAUCCAUGCCAAAGCUUGAAGAAAGUGGAAUCACAGUUUUUCGGCCUGACGAUUACUUCGCUGAGAUGUCCAAGUCAGAUACUCAUAUGCAGAGAGUAAGGAGCUUUGAAUUUCCCUAUUAUCUUUUAAAUAUUCUAGGUUCGUGAAAGGAUUUUAGAAAUCCAAAAGGACAAGGAGCGAUCCGAGAAUGCAAAAAGGCUUAGGGAAGAAAAGAAAUUCGCCCAGAAGGCGCAGGCAUCGGCGUUGCAACAAAAACAAGAUAACAAGAGGAAGUUGGCGGAGGCUGUGAAGAAGCAUCGGAAGGGAAUGAAGGCUCAGCUUGAGACUAUGCUCAGUAAUGCUUCGAAUUUGCAAGAUGAAGAGGUAACUUUUAUUUUGAAUAUGUAUAUUGUUUUAGGAACACGAAAGGAAAGGAAAAAAGUUGAGCAGAGUUCAAAGGAACAAGAAGUUCGGAUAUGGUGGACAGAAGAAGCGAGCCAAGAAGAACACUUUGGACUCCCUCAAUGAAGCCCGAAAGCCGAGGAAGGGUGGAAUCAAGAAACGCCGUUAA